AUUGUGGUCACCCGUAAUACAAGCUGUAGGUAUUUUGUGAAUCGUCGAAUAACUGUUUAUAAUUUGUCAGAAACAAAACUACUCAACAGAUUUUACUUAUCAAUCUCGUCUAGAAACAGGAAUGGCGUACCGAAGCGUUGGGACGUUUGUCACCCCAAAUAAUCCAACCUACAUCGUACCUUCUCUAAUGCCCGGGUACUGUGGACAUGUGCCAACAGUCAAGUUAGAAUAUGGAGACACAUUUGGAAAUGCAUCGAUGAAACAUUUUCGGAAUAUUCGCUCUGCGGCGAUGGAGACCAGCACGAGCCCAUUCCGCAGAAACCUGUUCCCGUCCAUCUACCCCAGCAACCCAAUGCUGCUGGCCAGCUACAAGUCCCGCAGCCGAGACAAGGGCGCAUACUCCCCCUAUUGGGCACGACACAACCGGGAUUUCGUUAGACAGGAGGAAAUAAAACGUUUUGACACGCUUGCCCAAUCGCACAGACAGCAAUACAAGGACACAAGUGGAACACGGAAGCCUGUUAACUACUUUGCCAUGACGCCAAAUAGGAGAGAGAAAUAUUGAAAAGUACUGCAGAGAGAAUGACUGUUUGUAAAAGUAGACAAAACAAGA